AAAAUCUUGAGCUACCAAAGUAAAUAGACAGCUCGCUGCUAUACUUCUCACAGCUUCGCAAUCCAGCUUUCCUAGAGACUGUGGUCACAUAACAUGAUAUCGUAUUUCUCCUGACACAAUACAGCAAGCUUUCAAGCUUCUCUCCUAUUCUCCAAGUCCAUUUGGCCAGCAUGUCCUCAACAACUCAAGCGGAUCUGGGGCAAGUACUGGUAGAUUUCUCUACAAAUGGCGCAUUCCCAGAGGAGGAAGCAGUUUCCGCCGCUUAUGUCGACUCUCCUAUGGUAUCUGCAGCUUUGGUAGUUUUACAAAAUGCCAAAGCUGAGUUGGAGGACGAGGUCCGCGCAAUAAGUCGAGAGACAGCUCCUGAUGUCGACCUCUGGAUCAAACAUGCGAAAUCCAUACAAGACGAUAUUCAACGAGCUCGCCAACUGUCCAGCAGCAUUGUGCGACAAGCAGAGGCCGACGAUGAGAGGAAAGAGGAAUUAGAGGAGAAGGAGACAUACGCAGAUUUCCUCACAAAGGAGGUGUCUUUCAACAACCAACUACUUACGGUGCUACGGUCUCUACAAGGUGUCAAUGAGAAUUUGAAUAAGGCAGAGGAAUAUGCAAGUGAAAGAAAGAUCAUCGAUGGUCUUCACAUGCUCGAAGCCGCAUGGAAGAGUCUGGGAGAAAUUCCGCUGGAGAAGACUACACGAGUGAUGCGAUUACUAGAUUCAAGGUGUUUUGAGCUAAGGGUCCACAUACGCGAGCAAUUCUCAACUGUUUGGGAGACUCUCAUCAGUAUCGACCGGGAACAAGCUAAAAUCACGAUAAAUCGGGAAAUCCAAGGGGAUACGACGGACAUAAGUCAGGCGGUCAUUGGACUGAAAGCAUACAAGGAGCUCGAUGAUGCCGCAAAGAAAUUGUGGGAAGAUCUUGAUGAGGUGAUCUUGAAGCCUCGUACCAAUCUCCAAGCUGGAACCAUUCCCACUAUCCAAGUCAAAGAGAAUUCUUUGUUCCUGGGUAAAGACCACGCGGAUCGCACGAUAAAAUCCCUCUUCCUUGACCUUGAAAAAGUUAUACAUUUUCUCAUCGAGAAUAUUCCUGCCGAGAUUAUUCAGCCGCUCGCCAACAAGAUGAUGCCUGUACUCUCAACUCGAAUUCUGGAGGUCUGGCUAGAUACAGCUGUACCUGCUUCACUAAAUGAUAUGGUUGACUACCAGAAGGCUUUAGCCCUAGUGGCUGACCUUGCUGCGAAGCUUGACGCCUUGAAGUGGCCUGGUGCUGAUUCUUUCUACGAUUGGGUAUCAAAUGCGCCAAAAAUUUGGCUUGGAAAGAGGAGGGAGACUACUCUUGACUGGACUCGUAACCAGCUGUCACUGGGGAUUGGAAGUCCUCAGAUUGCCGAAAGAAUCGAGACUCGGAUGGUUGAUAGGGAUGAAGGUAACCAUAUUGCUGCUACGGGCACAACUACAACACAUGAUUGGGAUGAUGCUUGGAGUGAUGAUGGAGAGCCCACUCCCGAUACCAGCUCCAAAGAUGAGUCCAAUGGUGAAACAAGAAACCGGGGAUCUUUGGAUGAAGAGCGUCGUGCAACUGAGGUCUUCAGUCCAAACCCAACUCCAUCAACAGAUGCAGAUCAGAUUGAUGAUGCCGCAGAUGCUUGGGGCUGGGGCGAUGACGAUGAUGCAAACGAUGCCGAUGUUGCAGCUGAAUCACCACCAGUUCCAGUCAGCACAGAGAAACCUAUCGACCACGUAACGCCAUCGACUCGCGAAAUGACCCUUUCAGAGAAAUACUGGACUUCAUCCUUGCCACGAGCAGUGUAUAACACUGUUCAACAAGUAUACGCUGAUGGGGCACAUUUAUUGCAGCCAGAAAAUGAGCACAUACCAGUUACACCAGCUGCCCCUAGCUUAUUUGGACUUCCAACUUUGAUUCUAGCAAUGUAUCGAGCGAUCUCCCCCUACUACUACUCUCUCGAACCAGGUGGGAACAUGUAUCUCUACAAUGAUGCCAUGUGGUUAUCAGAACGAUUUCAGCAAUUCCUCACUGAAUGGAAAAGUCGUGAAGAUAUUCCACCAAGAGCAUACAAUCUCGUGAAGCUGGAGCCCGAGACAAAAGUCCUGGUGAGCUUCGGUAAACGAGCAUACACAAAUGAACUGAACGCCCAGCGCACCAUCAUCAAUGAUUUACUUGGCGGUGUCCAAAACUUCUUCCAACAAGAUGACCAGAUGAACGAUUCACUCGAAGAGGCCAUCAAAAUCGUCAUCAAGCACAUCCGCACUCAAGCAGCACUCUGGGAGAAGAUCCUCUCGUACUCAGCCUGGGCAUCCGCAAUCGGCUCUCUCGUCAACGCCGUCGCCUCCAAACUCAUCACCGACGUCUUCGACCUGUCAGACAUCGGCGUCGAUGAAGCAGAACGCACCGCAACCAUAAUCUCCCGCGUCGAAUCCCUCGACGACUUAUUCAUCCCCAAACAAGCCCAUCCUAGCAGCAAUAAACCCAGCACUACUAAUGGUACGGAAGCUAUCCCGCUGACUUGGCAGUUUGCGGAUAAGUGGAUGAAGAUGAAGUUCCUGAGUGAGGUGCUGCAGAGUAAUCUGAAGGAUGUUAGGUUCCUUUGGUUUGAGAGUGAUUUGAGUCUUUAUUUUACGGUCGAUGAGGUGGUGGAUUUGGUGCAUUUGAGUUUUGAGAAGAAUGCUGCGGUCAGGCAGGCGGUUAGGGAGAUUAGGGAGAAUCCUAGGCCUAGGGGGGAAGGGGAGGGGAUUUGAUGGUAGUUUUGGUUGUUGAGCUGCUGGCUGGGCUGGGGUCGGGUUGCGGUUGUGUGAUGGCCAUGUGUCCAGCUGGUUGCUGGUUGCUGUGUUUACUUGCUUGUGGCGGAGUAGACCGACUGGUUUGGUGUGGUGCAGGUGCAGGUGCGGUGGGUAAUCAACCUGGUUUGUCUUACCAUGUAGGCAAUACAAUGAAAUACACCUUGACGAAUCAAGAAAUCAC